AUGCCUGGAUAUAGUCGUUCACUAUCUCCUAGAAGUGGAGGCCGUUCUCGUUCUCGAUCUCGAUCAAAUGAUCAUUUUCGUGAGGAUGAACAAUUUCGUUUGCAUUUUGCCGAUUUAUCACCUAAUAUUACGAAACGUGAAAUUGAAAAAGCUAUCGAAAAAUAUGGUCCAAUCUUAGAUGUGUGGCAUGCUCAAGCGUCAUGUUUUGCAUUCAUCGUUGUUAAGUAUCGUGAAGACGGACAACGAGCAAUCGAUGAAUUAGAUGGACGAUUUCUUGGUGGAAGUCGUGUACGGGUAUCUUGGGCAAGACCAAGAACAAGAGGUGGAAAAAGAAAAUGGGAUCCAAACAUGCGUUGUUAUCAAUGUGGACAAAAAGGACAUUUUAGCCGAGAUUGCAAUGAUUUUUGGUCACAAAAGAAAAGUAGAAACGGUGGUGGGCACAGUGGAAAUGGACGACGAUCGAGAUCACGUUCAAAUCAACGUAAUCGCUCGGUAUCAAGUGAUAGACGUCGUAGUUAUACAAGAAGUCGUACACGUUCUCGAUCACCAUCUCAUGGGAAAGUUAUUCGUGAAGAUCGUCAUUCAAGGUCUGCUAUAAAAAUAAUGCCCCGCUCACGAUCACCAGCUUCUCGUUCUCCCUCACCAUCUGAUUAUGAUUCGCGUUAUCGUGGUGGACGUAAUAAUUAUGAUGAUGAUCAAUUUCGAAUCCAUAUUGCAGAACUUUCAUCAAGUUGUAAACAAAAGGAGAUUGAAAAGACAUUUUCAGAAUUUGGACAAAUAGCUGAAGUAUGGCAUGCACAAGCAUCAUGUUUUGCAUUUGUGGUCUAUAAAUACAAAUCAGAUGCACAGAAAGCUAUCGAUGUUAUGGACGGAAGUCGCGAUUGUGAGGGUUUAUCACAAACAAGAUCUUCAGCAUAUCGAAAAGAUGGUGAUAGAGAUGGAAGAGAUAGUAGACGACAAUAUAGCCGUCAAUCAAGAUCACGGUCACCGAUACAACAACAGCGUCGGGGUGAUAAUACUAACAGCAGCAGCGGACAAAGACGUUAUAGUUCAAGGGAACGACCGAGAAAUUCCCAUGAUGGUGGAUCAAGAUACAAUAAUAAUAGAUCCUAG